UUGAUCUCACCUAAAAAUAAAAUCUAUAAUAACUCAAAGAAAUGGAGUCUUCCUCUCCCACUACUCCCCCGUACAACUUACACAUAAUUGAGCUCCCUUCUUCUGAUCAAGAGAAGGAUUUGUUCCUGGAAAGCUUACUGGAGGAAACUCACAAAUUGAAUAAAACCUCUAUUGCUGAAGACAUUGAGCUUUCUGUGAUAUAUCAGUUCUACAAAGAAAAAUUGGAGGAAGAAGGUUCUGAAAGUUUGAUUGAUGAAGCCUACUUUAAUGAUCAUAGGGAUCUAAUUAAGUUGAUUUCUAUAUUGGGCCAAGUAGCAGAACUUAUGCCUUGCCUAAUUUGUUAUACAAGAGACUGUGAAAUUGAUAAAAUCAUGGUCAUGAAAGCAACUUUUGAAUGCCUUUACGGUAAAAGAACUCACCUAGAUUUCAAAAUUAUAAUUGACGGUGCAGAUCUAGCUUAUCUGAUUGGAAGACAACAAGAGCACAUCGUUUCUAUUACAACAUAUAUGGAAGCCAAUUCUUUAUUUAAAGAAGGAUUGAACGAAACAGAAAGAGAUCUGAAGAGAAAGAGGAUGCUCCAAAAGCGAAAUUUUGAUGAUUUCUUAACUGAAUAUCAAAAUAGAGUAAGUUUAGGCACGUCUAAAGGCACUAUUGGUUCUUCUGCUUUAUUCGCCAAACACUUGAAGGCUCCAAAACUUGAAUCAAAAGACCAAGCCAAAAGGAUAUCCCAAGAAGAAGAGAAGAAAUCCUUGGAAGAUCAUUCUCCGAUUAAACCUCAAGAAAUGAUUUUGGCAGGCCAAAUUGACAUUGAGGAAGAAAGUAAAUUACCCACUCCAGUUGCUUUACUGACUUCUUUAGUAGAGGAUCAGACUUUGAGAAAUACUCUAUUUAUUCAACGCGAGGCAAAAGAUUGCUGAAUUUCAUUCUUGAGAAUCAUAGAGCAACGUGAUCAGAUUGAUCUAACUGACAUAUUUCUUACACUAUCCUCUGUUGUAAACCAAAAUCUUCAAAACACCGAGGAAUUCAAGACAGAUCCCUCUAGACGAGAAAUAUUCCUAAGCGUUUGAGAGCGAUUUCUUUUUUAAGGAAAUUAUUACCUCGACUUCUCUUCUCCAAAUUUUCCAAAUCCUGAAGUCCUGAGCUCCAGCAGCCAUAUCUCAAGAGAGGACCACUUCUCUUCUAAAUGAGCUUGCACCUGUGACUGCAGUCAAGUUCUCAGCCAAAGAUCAUAAGUUGAAGGGAGACAUUAAGUUAUAUGCAUGAGUGAUUUAUCCUAUAGUUAAGAAGCUGAUCAUUAAAACGCUCUAUGAUUCUGAACAGCUUCCUAGAACGGUCAAGGAGUUGAUAGAGACCAUCUUCAUCAUUCUUAAAAACUUCUACAAUUCGAGAGAUAUUCACAAAGAUCAGAAGAACCUUAUUAAGAGAGAUAGAAGGAUUUAAAUUCCUCGUCGCAGAGGUGCUCAGAAUAAAGUCAGCUUGGGUGUCCUCAGGAGAAAACUUUAGCAUCAGGGUUGACAAGAUUGCCCAAUUGAGAGAUAGAUUCCAAACACAGCAAUCUAGCGAUACCCUUACAGAGAUCCUUGAAGACCUCAAGGUUAUCUUAGAUAUUUAACUUGUGAAAUUGAAGGAGAUAAUGCUCAAAAUUAGGGAGAAGCAAAUUAAAGAACCAUCUUCAAACUAAUAAGCCUUUUCCAUUUAAGUAAAUCCCUGGAAUGGAAAGAGCAUUUCUUAAGCAAACUUCUUGAAUUUUAUAUCCAUCAACGUUUGCCUGGACCAAAUAGCCCAUGGCUUCCUUUAGCAACAAGAUUAAAUGUCGAUAGUGCUGAAGGCAAUAAGUUUGUUAAAUGACUCCCUAAUUAAUACUAAAAUUUACCAAAAUCAAGCUUUCAAAGCUUCUUAAUUUUCGUUAAACCAGGCUAAGUACCAUUGGAGGGGAUGUGGUGCAUCAAAACUUGGAAUUUUGAGGAUAAAUAGCUAAAUUCAUUGCUAAUUUACCUAAAUUUUGUCCUGAUCAACUUUAAAGCUUACUAAAUAAAAAUUAAUAUGAAAAAUUGUUCAUAAAUCGGUUCGAUUCCAGAAUUUUUCGCAAAUUAAGUCGAUUCAUUAAAGAGAUAAAAAAAUUUAGGAAGAAACAAUCAUAAUAUUUUUUUAAAAUCGAAGUUUAGUUAAAUUUUGAGAUUCAUCUGCAGAUUCUCCAUUCCUAUCAUACUUUACCUUCCAAACCUUGCGAAAAGGUUUGAGGAUAAAGAAAGGCAACAGGAGAUUAAGGAAGAUUUUGGAUAAGCCGGGACUAGAGCCAUCCUCAUUGGAAGAGGUAAAAGGGUAUACGUGUGCUAGAGGUUCGCAGAUUCAUGAUUGAUUACACCCUAUCGAAGUAAACACUUCUUCAAUGCACUUGCCAUGGUAACUCUAUUGAUAACAUGACAACAAAGUUUGUAAGUUGAAGAUAAGGCUCUAAAAGAUCCUUAAUUUAACAAAAUUCAGAGUUUGGGUUUUAUAGACUUCACUAUAUCCCAAGAGGAGCUAUACUCUCAUCUAAAUGGUAAAUUCUUCACGAGAUUUAACUUUGUAACUAAAGA